GGCAGAGCGGGCAGCGGGCUCACACUGUGGGGAAAUGAAACACGCUGCAGGUCCCGAAGCAGCAGACGAGCUGGGCAGACCCGCGCACUUCUUCCCCUCUUCGGCUCUUUUGCUUCCACAGCGGGACAUCACACACAGGCCGGGAUCAUGUUGUUUUUUCCUCCGAUUGAGUUUUUAUCGCCUUACGGGAUCGCAACUGAGUGAAAGAGAAAGUCCUCACUGGAUCUGAAUCUGCGCACUUGUCUUUUUUUUGCCAUCGUGGAUGAGACCCUUGCAUACUUAAUAUCUGAAUAACUUAGCGGAUUUUCUGGUUCAGUUUUCUCUCUCCUCUCUCAUAUUUUGGAUUAUUCCUACACUAAGGAGAUAUGUUGAUUUCAUUUGUCUUCAGCCUGGCCUUGUUGUCAGAUGCAGCUCUAUCAGCGGAGGUGUUUCGUGCAGGUGUGGCCCCUCGCUGUGAGAACCGGGCCUGCAACCCCCGCAUGGGUAACUUAGCCCUGGGUCGCCGGGUCCUGACCCAGACCGUCUGUGGCAACAACGGCACCGAGCUCUACUGCUCCUAUUCAGACCCCAACGCCAACCUGGCCUGUAGUGCCGCCAAAUGCGCCAAGUGCAACGCCGGCCUGCCUCUCCUGUCCCAUCUGGCCGGGGCCAUGUCUGACUCCUCUUUCCGUCACCCAAACACCUGGUGGCAGUCAGCUGAGGGGGUGGAGUCUGAGACGGUGCAGCUGGACCUGGAGGCUGAAUUCUACUUCACGCAUCUCAUCAUUGUGUUUCGCUCGCCGAGGCCUGCUGCCAUGACCCUGGAGCGGUCACAGGACUUUGGGCGAACGUGGAGGAUGCUGCAGUACUACGCCAGCAACUGCAGUGACACCUUCGGGCUGGAGGAGGGAAAGGCAGGAGUAGGCCGGGACGGGGCCACCUGCACAUCUAAAUACUCAGGGGCUUAUCCCUGCAACCGUGGAGAGGUGAUCUACCGAACACUCCCAAAGUGGGAGUCCUUGGAUCCGUUCGGGGUGGAGGGUCAGCAGCAACUGAGGGUGACCAACAUCCGCAUUCGGCUGCUGAAGCUCCAGUCGUGUCCCUGCCAGGCCAAAGACCUUGCCUCCGCACGUGAAGCUCUUCCCACCCAACACUUUGCCAUCUAUGACCUGAUAGUGAAGGGAAGCUGCUUCUGUAACGGACACGCUGAGCAGUGUAUUCCUGCACCGGGAUACCAGCCCAUUAGAGACCGGACCAACCACGUGGUCCAUGGGAAGUGUGUGUGCAGACACAACACUGCAGGUGAUCACUGCGAGCGCUGCGCUCCUCUCUACAACGACCGACCCUGGCAGCCCGCUGACGGAUUGACGGGGGCGCCGCACGAAUGUCGGAAGUGUAAGUGCAACGGACAUGCUCAGAGCUGCCAUUUUGAUUGGUCGGCGUGGCGUGAGUCCAGCCAGCGCAGCGGAGGCGUGUGUGACUGUCUGCACAACACAGAAGGACGCCAGUGUCAGAAAUGCAAGGCCGGCUUCUACAGAGACCCCCAUCGACCGCACACCGCCCCCGACUCAUGCAAACCAUGCAACUGUCACCCCUUGGGCUCUAUGCCCUUCCACUUGGCUGACGGCUCACCCUGUGACCCCUCCAACGGAAACUGCAUCUGCAAACAGGGAGUAGGUGGAGCCCACUGCGACAGGUGCAUGGUGGGAUACUGGGGUUUCUAUGAAUAUGGCUGCCGUCCAUGUGACUGUGCAGGAGACUGUGAUCCAUUCACUGGAGACUGUAUGUUUGGCUCUGAUCUGGACCUGUACAACUUAGAGGGAAACUCCAGCGAGCCGGUCAGGAUCUUCAGAGCAGACGAACUCUUCUCUGCCCUCCACUACUCAGAGAAGUGUGAGUGCAAAGAGCAAACACUGACCAACAGUAAACUCUUCUGCACCAUGAAUUAUGCAUAUGUGCUGAAGGUUAAAGUGCUGUCUGCCCACGAUAAGGGCUCCCACGCCGAGGUGGAGGUCAAAGUUCAGAAGGUGCUCAGUCAGAACACCAAGGUGAAGAUACAGCGAGGUCGAGUCACCCUUUACCCCGAGUCCUGGACCGCGCGGGGCUGCACUUGCCCCAUCCUCAACCCAGGGGUGGAGUACCUGGUGGCGGGACACACAGACCGUAAACAGGGCCGCCUCCUGGUCAACAUGAAGAGCUUCGUCAAGCCCUGGAAAGCCAGCUUGGGACGCAAAGUCCUCACACUGCUUAAGAAAGACUGCAACUGGUAGACGGACAGUUAAGACACUGGAGGACCGACAGACACGUGGACUGACGAGACUGUUUUUGACAAAACAAAAGCCGCGGAUUUGUGUUUUCUUGUCCUCCAGAGGUGGAAUAUUGAAUCGCACAGAUUUCUGGGGGACACCUCCAUUCUCUGCUGUUGUCCAAUGAGAGCAUAAAGAGCAUAAAGCUAGUGGUGGACUGCACAAGCUAAAAGCACACAGGAAGUAAUUUUGUUAAGACGUAUCUGUCUCGCAUCUGAGCAAACUGUCACUCUUACAAUCUUAAGUAGGAUUCAAGCAAACAUUUCCUUUGCUGUUGCUUAAGAAAUUGAGGAAUUCAGCACUAUGACCAAGAGCUGUCUAUUCUGAGUGACUGAACAGCCCCUGGACCAUUUGACACACAUUAAAACACACACACAAAAAACACAAAUAAACUGAAUUUCCUCCUCUCUGCAGCACUUUACCCUAAGAUGGACUGAGGGAAUAUGGACACACAAAGAGAGGAAGAUUCAACACACACUCACAAACCUAUAAUCCCUGACAUGGACUGCGGAUGGAGUGCACCCUUUUCCCAUGUGCUCCUUUACAGUGGACACACACUCACAGAGGCAGCAGUGUGUGCGUGCUGCAGAGCACCCAGAGUGACGCUGAACAAGCCAUACAAGCCACUACAGGUGGUUAAAUCUUAGCCAGUCCAGGUGUGCCUGAGUUGAAAUCAGAGUGAAUGGGCUUUAGCCCAAACGUGAAUGUAUUUGCAUGCCUGUUUUUGCAAAUGUGCGUGUGCAUGUGAGCUAGAGAGAGAGAGAGAGAGAGAGAGAGAGAGAGAGAGAGCGGUUGAAUGCAGCGGUAUACUGCGAGCACAGUCCAGAUUCAGUCCAGCUCUUAAGCUUUUCUUUAGGUUUGUGUACACGUUCAGAAACAGCCGUUCCAAUGUUUAUGAUACAUUACGUACUGUAUAUUGAUUCAUCUCAUUUUACACUCCACUGCUGAAUUCAGAAAAUUCUUGUUAUUCCCUCCUUUGUGCUCUUGUACAGUAUUAUUUGUAUAUAUCAAUAUAAAUAUUAUUGUUCAUCUUUC